CGUCUUCGAGUCGGUCGCCUCAGGGCAUGCACGACAGCGGCGACGUCGUCUACGUCGAAUAUUGAUGCCACCAUCACUCGUCGCACACAAUACCAAGAUCGCCAGGAUCCAGGUGACGACUUGACAGCGACGGCGCCCCGCACUAUUGCCAUGCUCUCCACGCUGUUUUUGUUACUGUAUGCUACGCGGGAAACGGUACAUGCGCUCACGGCGGAGAUCAGUCCUACGGUAUCGUACUUGUUGGAUAAAGGCUGCGCAAAUGACACUGAAAUCAUCGACCAUCUCCUUUUCGAAAGUGCCCUAUACUACAACAAACACAAACUACCAUCUCCUCAAGUAGACGUUCGAAUCGAGAUGUGGGUUCAAGAAGUAUCAUCGGUUUCUGAGCUAACACAGGAUUUCGAAAUAGACUUGUACAUGAACGAAUACUGGACGGACCCCGGCCUAGCAUACGACAUUCUCAAUCCGUGUCAGGGCAAUUUAUCCUUUGAUUGGGCUGUCAUGCAAAACAUCUGGACGCCCAAUACAUGCUUCAUCAAUUCCAAAAAGGCACAGCUUCACAGCUCUCCAUUCACCAACGUCUUCUUGAUGGUUUUCCCGAAUGGAUCCGUCUGGUCGAAUUGGCGCAUCAAAAGUACCGGACCGUGUGUCAUGGAUCUCACCAAAUUCCCCAUGGACAGUAUCGAGUGUUCUUUGACUUUCGAAUCAUUCAACUACAACAAGGACGAAGUUUUCAUGCGAUGGGGCGAUCCACCAUUAACCAUCUUCAAACCCAUCGAGUUGCCGGAUUUCACAAUGACCAAUUUCAGCACUUCCAAUAAGUUUCAGCUCUACGCUGCUGGUUAUUGGAGUGAGCUAAAUGUCAACUUUUUGUUCCGCCGGCGAUCUGGAUGGUACCUGCUCCAGGGAUACAUUCCAACGUAUAUGACAGUCUUCAUUUCCUGGAUUCCGUUUUAUUUGGGUCCCAAGGCAAUACCAGCUCGCACAAUGAUAGGUGUCAAUGCCCUACUGGCCCUUACCUUCCAGUUUGGUAACAUAAUCCGAAAUUUACCAAGAGUGUCGUAUAUCAAAGCCAUCGACGUCUGGAUCUUUUUCUCCCCGCCCCUCUAUUCUUCUACCUCAUUUUCCACACCUCUACAAUUAUUCAUAACCUCCACCCCCCCCCCCCCCCCAAAUUUUCACAGCUUUCCUUUCAGCGGCAUAUGCUUCGUUUUCGCUUCUCUCUUUGAACUUGCCACUAUAGGCUUCCUGAUGCGAAAUGAAGGAAAACCGGCGACCAAGUCUACAACAAGGAUAACUAAAAACUCUGCACGUUGGCAACAACCCAGCAUCUGCAAGAAUGAUAACCAGCGAAAGUCCAAAAACAUCCUCUACUGUGAACGACUGGAUAACACAUCUAGGCUGAUGUUUCCAGAAAAUUCUCUUAUUUUCAAAAUUACAGUAGUCUUCACAUUCUACAAUUUUAUUUAUUGGUUCGUAUACAUGAAACAAGCAUGGGAUCAAGCUCCAUAA